CUUCGAAGUGAUAAAAUGGAAAAAGAUAGCAUAGAAGAACAAGGAAUUGCCAAUGUCAGAAGAUCAUUUAUUUGGAACUCAAGGUUAUUAAAAUGCAUGGGAAUUUGGCCAUUGCAGAACUACGUUCCGGUAUUUCUCUUCUUCUUCAUAUAUCUUUCUCUUCAUUGUUGUCUAACACUCGCAGAACUAUGGUGGGCACCAAAAACCGUGGAGAACGUCGUAACAAACAUAGCAGAAAAUAUUGUUUUAACAAUGACACUUACGAAAAUUACAAUUGCCAGAAUGAACAGAGAAGCAUUGCGUAAAUUAUUCAUAGAACUCGAGGAAUAUUCAGUGACUGAGAAAUAUGAAACUAAAGAGGAGAAAUUGACAUUCGUGAAUUAUACUAAAUUACCUCCAUAUUUUAUUAUAAUAAUUGGAUCUUCAAUGACAGUGGCCGAAGUAUUGUAUUAUUUGGCUCGAGUUAUUGAAGGAAUUCAAUUCGCAAAGCAAAACAAUUCGAUGGGUUAUAAGUUACCGUACAAAACAUUAGCAAUCAUGGAAUUAAGGGACAGCAGAAUUUACACUAUGAUUUGUGCCUACCAAAUAAUAUUUGUACCGUCUAUCGUAUUAGGUUACGUAGGAUUCGACUGCAUGUUCGUCAAUUUGUCCAUUCAAGUAAUUACACAAUUCUCUACAUUGUCCUAUAAGGUGAAAGCAGUAUUAGAUAAUUCUAAAAAUCAUCGCGAGGGUAUGAAGAGACUUGUACAGCGACAUUAUCGACUGAUAAGAUUGACGGAAAGAUUGGAGGAUAACUUUAAUUUACCGAUUAUGCAGCAAAUGUUGGGUACCACAGUUCAUAUCUGUAUUUCCGGUUACUUCGUACUGACGGAUUUACUUUAA